AUGAAGUCUUUGGUCAUCAAGUUCGCACAGCCUUUGCCAUUGUUGCUGCUGCUGCUGCUGCUGCCACCGAAGCUGCAGGGGAACUAUUGGGAUUACAGGGAAUAUGAACUAGACCCAGAAUUUUAUGACCUCCUUAGGGAAUAUGAGAGUACCGGGCCUACCAAACCACCUACCGUAAAAAGAAUCAUAGAAAUGAUCACCGUUGGUGACCAACCCUUGCAUGAGGACAAUUACUGCAACACUGAACUCAAGAUUAAACAGAUUCACUAUAAGGGGCGCUGUUACAAAGAACACUACAUUGCAGGAGUGCCCUAUGGUGAGCUAACAAAAGCCUGUCAUGGUAAACGAGUGAAGUGUAAGAAUGGUGUUAAAUUUUGCAGAAGAAGCAUGCAUCUAAUCGAGGGGGUGCGGUGUGUUUUAGAAGAAGGACAGCGAAUGUCAAACUGCACAUAUAAAACCAUCCUCAUGACCGGUUAUCCAGUUGUCACUUGUCAAUGGGAUGAAGAAAUCAAAGAUUUUAUUCCUAACCAUAUAUAUAAUAUGUCACUACCCAAGUAG